UUAUGUUCCAGCGAGGUGCUCUACAGGUUUCCAGAUGGGGUUCCCUUUCCCCAAUUGCAGCUGAAGCUAUUUGGAAGGUUAGAACCUUUUAUUCCUGAAUUUGCUGCUUGUUGUUAAUGCAAACCAAUCUAAAGCAAUAUGUUUAGGGGUCCGUAAUUAGGUUUCUUGUGGUUUGCAUUGGCUGUCUGACUGCACGUAUCUGAUGUGAGGUUAGUUUUGGAACUAUUUUUUCUAAGCAGUCAGUUGCUUUCUCGAGCGUAAACUGUGGCAUGUGCCUGGGAUUAGGACAUUUUAUUGAGGAUUUUGUCAACACCCUGCUGGUUGCCUGCUCGAAGGAGCCAACUUCGUGGCCUGAACAUUAAUCAACUCUGAAGUUUGCUGGACGUUUUCAGUUAGCAGCUGAAAGAUGUUCCAGUUCAUUCGGAAAAAGAUUCACAAUCGACUUGUGGAGCGUAAAAUUAGGGGAAGCCGUCUAGUUACCAAGGAUGGGCACUGCAACAUUAAAUUUGGGACCAAUAAAUAUCACAGCCAUUUUGCUUUUAUCAUGGACUUCUGGACUACAUUUGUUGAAAUCCACUGGUGUUUUGUAAUUGUCUUUUUUGUUGCUGCCUUCACCGGAAGCUGGUUCAUUUUCGGAUUACUCUGGUAUUCACUUGCAAAAAGUAAUGGAGACUUAGACAGACUCCAGAAUACAUCAGAGUCCCAACAGAUGAAGUGUAUAGAAAACAUUAACAGUCUCACUACAGCCUUCUUGUACUCUUUAGAGACCCAAACAACUAUUGGCUAUGGCGGUCGGGCUCUAACAGGCCACUGCCCGGGCACGGUUGCCCUGCUGAUCAUCCAGUCCCUCAUGGGAGCCAUAAUAAACUGCUUUAUGUGUGGACUCAUUCUGGCAAAAAUCUCACUCCCAAAAAGGAGAGCAAAAACAGUCACCUUCAGCGAAACAGCAAUCAUCACUUUGUGGAAAGGAAAUCUAUGCCUUCAGAUCCGAGUGGCCAAUUUGCGAAAAACACUUCUAAUUGGAAGCCAGAUUUAUGGAAAGCUCCUUCGCACUACCAUCACUCCAGAGGGGCAGACAAUCAUCCUGGACCAGGUGAACAUUGACUUUUUGAUUGAUGCCGGUAAGGACAACCUCUUCUUUGUUUGUCCAAUUACGCUGUACCAUGUAAUCGACAAGUCCAGCCCUUUUUCAGAGAUGGCCGCAGACACUCUUCAACAGCAGGACUUUGAGUUGGUUGUCUUUUUGGAUGGUACGGCCGAAUCCACCAGCUUGUCCUGCCAAGUCCGGACCUCCUUUCUUCCCCGGGAAAUCCAGUGGGGUUACAACUUCCUGCCCGUCAUAUCUCGAACCAAGGGAGGAAAAUACCGCAUCGAUCUGUCUAACUUCUCAAAAACGGAGCCAGUAGUCACGCCACACUGUGCGUACUGUUUCCAAAAUGAACAGAACAAGGAACUCAUUCUACACCGUCAUGGACAUGAAGGCAUAGAUAAUCUGGGAUUUGAUGUUAUAGAUCUUCAAGAUUCAUUUGAUAUAAAUGAGUAGGGUGACUGAGGGGCUGUUUAAACUUGAGACAUUCUUGUGUUGCACUAUUUUUAAAUGUCUUCUUCAAACAUGCUAGAUGGAGCAUUUCAUUUUCUCAGUGUCUCUUGCCAUGAGCGCCACAUUUUUAAGAUGCUGUGCCAAAUUAAAAACAGCAUUUAACAUUAUGUUCCAUUUUGUUGUGCUACGCAUAGUUUAAAAGAAAAAUGCUAGA